AUGGAAGAAGAGAAGGAGAGAGUUAGGUGUUGUAGUGAUUGCAAAACCACCAAGACACCAAUGUGGAGAGGUGGACCGUCUGGUCCCAAGUCACUUUGCAAUGCAUGUGGGAUCAGAUUCAUGAGACAGAGACGAUCCGAGUUGUUGGGUAUUCAUAGCCACAAAGCCUACAAGAAGAUAAACACAUCGAUAGUAUCAUCAUAUGGUGGCGUGUUUCUCAAGAAACGACGGAGCCUGAAGGAGGAAGAACAAGCUGCUCUUUGUUUACUCUUAUUGUCUUGUAACUCUGUUCUCGCCUGA